AAGUGAAGGAGUGGAAGAGACGCUGCCAGCCGCAGAGUAGUAAUAAAGCAAACCGCCCGAGGGGACUGAGCAGUGUUUGCCGAGCGGAGACGGAGGAGAGACGGCAGAGACGGCUCCAGGUGACCGGGUUGCGAUGGGGGCGAGCGGGAUGCGUGACUAGGACGCAUUUCCUCUGGAAGCUGCUCCUGUGGAUUGUAAAAGUGGUCAUCCUCCAGCACUGACCGGGACUGUUUGCGCCUGUAUCAUUCACUUGACGGAUUUUUUUUUCUUCUUCUUCUUCUUCUUCUCACAACCAUGAACGUGUCCCCCACACAUCGCAGGAAAGACAUGCGACAAUUGGCUUUGGAGAUUGGCAUCCGAGUUCUGCUUUUCGGAGUUUUUGUAUUCACAGAGUUUCUGGAGCCCUUUGAGAGAGUUAUUCAACCAGAAGAGCUUUGGCUCUACAAGAAUCCUUUAGUAGAGUCGGAUCACAUUCCCAAGAGGGUCAUGUUUGCAAUUUCAUUCCUUACCCCACUGGCAGUGAUAUUUGUGGUGAAGAUAAUUCAGAGGACGGACAAGACAGAAAUCAAAGAGGCAUGUUUAGCUGUGUCCUUGGCUCUCGCCUUAAACGGAGUCUUCACAAACACCAUCAAGCUGAUUGUUGGCAGGCCCAGGCCAGAUUACUUCCAGCGCUGCUUUCCAGAUGGGCAGGUGGAUGCGAAGAUGAUGUGCACCGGGAAGCCAGAGUUAGUCUCUGAGGGACGUAAGAGCUUCCCCAGCAGUCAUUCCUCCUUUGCGUUCUCCGGUCUUGGUUUCACCUCUUUCUACCUGGCGGGAAAGCUGCAGUGCUUCACAGAUCAGGGUCGAGGCCGCAGCUGGCGUCUCUGUGCCAUGAUACUCCCUCUUUACAGCGCCAUGAUGAUUGCAUUGUCCCGGACCUGCGACUACAAACACCACUGGCAAGACGCCUUUGUUGGAGGAGUGAUCGGGUUGCUGUUCGCAUACAUCUGCUACCGCCAACACUACCCGCCCUUUCUGCACAUGGACUGCCACCUGCCUUAUGCCAGUCUGGCUGCUGCCACCAACGUGCCCUUGCAGCCUCAGGACGACCCGCAGCCCACCAGCAACGCCACCAGCCUCCCACUGGAGGGCUUGACCGAAGGGCCAGUAUGACUAGUAGCCACCACCGAGACAACCACUGACACUUUCAACAAGCCGCCAAGCCCGCUUACCCAUUCCUUGUAACUGACUGGCUCCUAUAUACAUUCCAGUGGACCGUAAAAUACUUCACCCAUUCCCAUUUUCAAGCUCUUUGUCUCGGUCAUACCCACAGUCACUGUUUUAUUUCUGUUUUUUUUUUGUUUUUUUUUCAUAAAUCUGAACUCAGCAGCUGUUCAAGUUUAUAUUUAGAUGUGGUGUUGGAGAUGAACCUAUAAAAAUAGGACAUCACCUCUGAGAGAGAAGAGAGAAAAAUACGUUGGAAACCUCCGGAAAUAUCAUACUAACAGCUGUGAGGCAGGAUGACAAUGUUUUUGCCGAAACUUUUUUGAAUAAUGAGAGGGGUGGUGUUCAUGUUGUUCUAUACUGGAGUAUAUUACAUUUUUUGGUACCUAAAGUGUGGGGGGAAAAAACUGUUGAGAAGAGAAAAUAAAUCCCGUUGAAUGUCACAGCAAUGAAAUCACAAAUCAAAAUUUUCAAAACAACCAAUAUUUGUUUUGUACGACGGAGUAUUAGGGCCAAAC